UUGAUGUAGAAAUGUCAAAGUAUUGUUUUCUGCGACAAAAAUAGUGAUUUUUCAAGCGGAAAUAAGACAAUAAGUUUCAGAUAUAACAAUAUAACAAAAUGUCAUCUGUAAAAGUAGCUGUGAGAGUAAGGCCCUUCAACAAUAGAGAACGUUCUCGGGAUUGCAAAUGUAUAAUACAAAUGAGUGGAAACACUACAGCAAUCACAAACCCAAAAGCAGAACCUAACACAAAAGAUGCUCAAAAAAGUUUCAACUUUGACUAUUCCUAUUGGUCACAUGAAGAAGACGACCCAAAUUUUUCCUCACAAAUCGUAGUAUAUAGGGAUAUAGGUGAGGAAAUGUUACAACAUUCCUUCGACGGGUACAACGUCUGUAUAUUUGCUUAUGGGCAAACCGGAGCCGGAAAGUCAUACACCAUGAUGGGAAAACAAGAAGAUGGACAAGAAGGGAUAAUCCCCCAAGUUUGCAAAGACUUAUUUAACAAAAUACGUAACAAUAGUUCUCCAGAUAUUAAGUAUUCGGUAGAAGUUAGUUAUAUGGAAAUAUACUGUGAAAGAGUUAGGGAUCUAUUGAAUCCGAAAAAUAAGGGUAAUCUACGAGUGAGAGAACACCCGCUUUUGGGUCCGUAUGUAGAAGACUUGAGUAAAUUAGCAGUUACAAGUUAUCAGGACAUACAUGACCUUAUUGACGAAGGCAAUAAAGCUAGAACUGUCGCAGCUACUAAUAUGAAUGAAACCAGUUCUAGAUCACAUGCUGUUUUUACUAUAUUUUUUACACAACAAAGGAUUGACGAAGCAACACAAUUAUGUACGGAAAAAGUGUCUAAAAUAUCACUGGUAGAUCUCGCAGGAUCUGAGAGGGCAGAUUCGACAGGAGCCAAAGGGACGAGGUUAAAAGAGGGUGCGAACAUUAAUAAAAGUCUUACAACUCUCGGAAAAGUUAUAUCUGCAUUAGCCGAAAUAGCGUCUAAAAGUAAAAAAUCCAAAAAAGCAGAUUUCAUCCCAUAUAGAGAUUCCGUUUUAACGUGGCUUCUUAGAGAAAACCUUGGUGGAAAUAGUAAAACUGCUAUGAUAGCAGCGAUAUCACCUGCAGAUAUUAACUACGAUGAAACAUUAUCGACUUUGAGGUAUGCUGAUCGAGCUAAGCAAAUUGUAUGUAAAGCUAUCGUCAAUGAAGAUGCUAAUGCCAAACUCAUUAGAGAACUUAAAGAAGAGAUUCAGAAACUCAGGGAGUUACUUAAACAGGAAGGAAUUGACGUUCAUGAGGGGCCUGAUGGUAAAGUUAUUUAUGAGAAAAAGGAGCCUCCUAGGGUGCAAGAUACCAAUAUUGUUGCUAGAAAUAAUAAAGAAAACGAAAGAUGUAGGACACAAUCAACUACUAUAGCUGAAGAGGCCGUCGAUCAGCUUCAGGCUAGUGAAAAACUUAUAGCAGAAUUAAAUGAAACAUGGGAAGAGAAACUGAAGAAAACGGAAGCUAUAAGGAUUCAAAGAGAAGCCGUAUUCGCCGAAAUGGGAGUGGCGGUCAAAGAAGAUGGAAACACUGUCGGCGUUUUUUCACCAAAGUGUACGCCCCAUCUUGUUAAUUUAAACGAAGACCCAUUCAUGUCAGAAUGUUUGAUAUAUUAUAUUAAGGAGGGAUUAACUAGGAUAGGUUCGGCUGAAGCUAACAUUCCACAAGAUAUACAACUUUGUGGAUCUCACAUUAAAUCAGAACACUGCGUUUUUGAGAACAAGGACAAUCGCGUUACAUUGGUGCCCCUAAAUGGAGCACUGAUUUACGUUAACGGUAGAGAGGUUACUGAACCUGUACCUUUAAAAACUGGUUCCAGAGUUAUUCUAGGUAAAAAUCACGUAUUUAGAUUCAAUCAUCCCGACGAAGCAAGAGAAAUGCGGGAGAAAAAUAUGGCCACGUCGGAAACUGUCGACUGGAAUUUUGCACAAAUAGAGCUGUUGGAAAAGCAAGGGGUUGAUCUCAAGGUUGAAAUGGAGAAGAAAUUGGUGACACUUGAAGAACAGUAUCGCAAGGAGAAGGAAACCGCAGAUCAACUUUUUGAGGAACAGAGGAAGAAUUACGAAGCAAGAAUUGACGCUUUGCAAAAACAAGUUGAGGAGCAGAGUAUGACUAUGUCAAUGUACAGCUCAUACACUCCAGAAGAUUUCAAUAAUGAAGAGGAUAUAUUUGUGAACCCUCUGUUUGACGCAGAGUGCAACUGGACUGAGAAGCAGUUUGAGCUGGCUGCGCACGCGUGGCGGAAAUGGAAGCACCAUCAGUUCACAUCUCUGCGAGACGACCUCUGGGGAAACGCCAUCUUCCUAAAGGAGGCCAACGCCAUCUCUGUAGAGCUGAAGAAAAAGGUUCAGUUCCAAUUUACAUUGCUCACCGAUACACUCUAUUCACCUCUACCACCAGACCUUAGACCUGUCAUUGAUUAUGACCAGGAUGAAGAUACCACAAUACCAAGAACUAUCGUGGCAGUUGAAGUACAAGAUAUUAAAAAUGGUGCAACUCAUUACUGGUCAUUGGAUAAAUUACGGCAACGCUUAGAAUUGAUGCGUGAGAUGUACCACAAUGAAGCGGAAAUGUCACCCACCUCGCCCGAUUACAAUGUCGAAUCACUGACAGGGGGAGACCCAUUUUACGAUAGGUUUCCCUGGUUUAGGAUGGUAGGCAGAGGUUUCGUUUACCUGAGCAAUUUACUUUAUCCCAUUACAUUAAUACAUAAAGUGGCAAUUGUUAGUGAAAAAGGAGACGUUAGAGGUUACUUGAAGGUAGCCGUUCAGGCUGUAAUGGAUGAAGACAACUCUGAUCAGGUCGGAGUUCGCCAAAGUGCCAGGAUAGCAUUUGAAUCAACACCUAAAGCUAUUAUUGAAAGAAAUAUUCAUAACAUUGAAGAUAGGAUAAUUGAGGGUCAUAACAAUAUCGAUCCUAUUAAACUUGAUGAACUUAUAGAGUGUGAUGCUGAUUCAGGGCGUGGAGACAGUUCCGUUUCUUCUGAUCUAAAAGAGGAGGACAUACCCGAUCAUCUUGCUAUAGGAAGAGAAUUCACAUUCAGGGUCACAGUUUUACAGGCUGUUGGAAUUUCUACAGAAUAUGCUGAUAUUUUCUGUCAGUUUAAUUUCCUUCAUCGACAUGACGAAGCAUUUUCCACUGAACCUGUGAAAAAUACAGGAAAAGGAACACCUCUUGGUUUCUACCACGUGCAAAAUAUAACUGUGUCUAUCACAAAAUCGUUUAUAGAAUACAUAAAAACCCAACCCAUAGUUUUCGAGGUAUUCGGCCACUACCAACAGCACCCGCUUCACAAAGAUGCCAAGUUAGAGGGCAGCGUGCGACAGCCGCCUCGUCGAAUGCUCCCUCCAUCCAUACCGAUUUCCCAGCCAGUGAGGUCAAGUAAAUUUGGCGCCCUACCGUCCCCAUGCACCGCUCACAUUCACGCCAAAGUAGAUGUUUUGGUUUGGUUUGAAAUUUGCGAAUUAGCUCCUAAUGGCGAGUACGUACCCGUUGUUGUUGAACACAGCGACGACCUCCCUUGUAGGGGACUGUUUUUACUACACCAAGGUAUCCAGCGUCGAAUAAGAAUUACGAUAGUUCACGAUCAAGCAGCUGAAAUUAAAUGGAAGGAUAUAAGGGAGUUAGUAGUGGGAAGAAUAAGGAAUAGUCCAGAGUCAGAAGAAGACGAAGAUAACGACAAUUCAGUAUUAUCCUUAGGGCUGUUCCCUGGCGAAUAUGUAGAGACAGCUGGUGAUGACAGGGUUAUGUUUAGGUUCGAAGCUGCUUGGGAUAGCUCUUUACACAAUUCUCCCUUAUUAAAUAGAGUAACAUCUCAAGGGGAACAGAUUUUCAUGACUAUAUCAGCAUAUUUGGAGUUGGAGAACUGUGGACGUCCAGCCAUAAUAACUAAAGAUUUAAGCAUGGUGAUAUACGGAAGAGAUGCCAGAACAGGUCCCCGAUCCUUGAAACAUUUAUUCUCCGGAAGCUAUCGCAACGCAGAGGCAAAUCGCUUGUCGGGAGUCUAUGAACUGCUGUUACGACGUGCUAGUGAAGCAGGUAGUCCAGGUGUGCAAAGGAGACAACGACGUGUAUUAGACACAAGUUCCACCUAUGUUCGUGGAGAAGAAAACUUACAUGGCUGGAGGCCAAGGGGAGAUUCCCUCAUAUUCGACCAUCAAUGGGAGUUAGAAAAAUUGACACGUUUGGAAGAAGUUGAAAGGGUUCGACACACGUUAUUACUAAGAGAAAGGCUGGGUCUGGACAGAGCCCUGAACUACAAUAAAUAUCACUUAGAAUAUACCAAAAGCGAAAAGGAAGUUUGUAAUAUGGUUGCCAAAAAUAAUAAUAUUAACGUUGCAGCAAAUAACGACACAUAUGAAUACAGUGAACGGGAGAAGGAGCUACUCAAGAAAUGCGUACGUCUGAUACAAGGUAGGCAUCGGGAUAGCUCAAAUAAUAUCAAAGAUAAUGACGUGGCCAGUCCUUCCGACGAAAUUACCGAAAUGAGUACAAGCAUGAUUUCGAGUGUAAUGUCUAACGGUUCCAUUGAACUGUGCUCUCCAGAACGGGCCGCUUUACCCGGAGAAUGUGCACCCUUCCCUCCUGUUCCAGCUUCGCCCCCAGGACCAAGAGAUCCAGAACUUGUAUUAUAUGUACCGGAUAUGGAAGAGAUUAGAAUUUCACCAGUUGUAGCAAGGAAAGGCUAUCUCAAUGUAUUGGAACAUAAGACACAUGGAUGGAAAAAGAGAUGGGUGGCCGUACGUCGACCAUAUGUAUUUAUAUUUAGAGAUGAAAAGGAUCCCGUUGAGAGAGCCCUAAUUAACUUAGCGACCGCUCAAGUAGAAUAUUCAGAAGAUCAGCUGGCGAUGGUCCGCCUACCAAACACAUUCAGCGUAGUAAGCAAACAUAGAGGCUACCUGCUUCAAACCCUUCACGAAAAGGAAGUUCACGACUGGUUAUACGCCAUCAAUCCUCUUCUCGCUGGUCAGAUUAGGUCCAAGUCGGCAAGACGCAACCCACAAAAUGCAAAUGAGACCAAAGAGGUCGUGGUAAACGUAAAGUGAGAUUUAAUCACUAUGGAAUCCGUACUGGUUUAUUAGUAGCUUUAAUGUGUAUUGUAUGUUCCAGAAGUUGUGAUUUUUAUUUAUAUGUAUCCAGUUUUUAUAUAAUUCGUUUAAGAACGAGUAUGUGAAUCAGGUACCCGUUUUUUGAGCCGGAGAUGGAGAUCUCAGUUAUCUUUAGUGAUACAAGGCCAGUCAGAUUAGGGUAAAGUCGUGAAAUUUAGUAACAAUUAACAUGCCAAAAAAAAAUUUCCCUCUUUUCUUCAUUUUGAAAUUGUCGAUGAAGUUAAAAUUUUGAUUUUUGUUUCAGAUUUGUUAGUCAAGGACCUAGUUUUAUAUUCAGGCUUUCUUGUGUUUCACUCGUGUCGCCUAGUAAGAAAGGAAUUACAAUCAAACUUUUGUUUUUCUAAUGAAUGGUAUAUUGGAUUUUUGGAUUAUUGAAUUUGGCACAUUUUUAACAAUUUUUCCAUUUUUACAAAGAUUGCUUUGAAAACAAAACAACCAUCUAUUGAUACAAAAAAACUUGACAUAGGUUAAAUUUUAUCGUGCGCAGUGUCAGAGUUCGAAGAAGUAAAAAUGCAAUCUUCACAAGAAGAAGGAUGAAAUAGGCUUUAAAUUUAUUAUUUUAAUUUGAAGAAUAUAUGGCUUAGUUUCAUGAAAAAAUUGAUUUUUAUCACUCUACACUGAAAUGUCAAUAAAAAGUCAAUCGAACUGUCAAAAUUUCGUUUGGAGUAACAUUUGAUGUUAUGAUUCCAAAACAUUCUGCGUAAAAAUUUAUAUCUCGGUAUUUAGGCAAAAACAAAAGUGUAAACCGUGUCAUAAGACACAUCACCGUAACCAGAAAAACUAGUUGAAUUAAAAAGUGAGUGAGUCUGUAAGAAUAACAAACAUUCCUCCACCUUGAUAAAUCUACAGCUAAUAAUAAUAAAAAAUUUGCCCUGAUAAAUGUUUGAUUAAAAAAAAAUUAAAACGGAAAUCAAAUGUUGAGUUUUUCGUCCAUAACUUCAAAAUGAAAAAGAUAGAUUAUUAAAUCUUUGUUUGGCAUUUUAUUUGUCAUCAAAUUCUGCAACAUUGCCCUAAUUUGACCGAUCUUGUACUUCUUGAAAUAACCAAAAACCCCACGCUGCGGCUCGGGAAACGGGCACCCAGUUUGUACCAUCUAAAAACAAAUACUUUUAAUUAUAUAAAAGUCACUAUAUAUAAAUCGUCACAACUUUGCUGACAUUAAUAUAGUCUAUAUUAUAUUUUCCCAAAAAAAAACUAAUUUGAAAAGUUUCUUGGAGACAUUGAAGGUUGUGAUUUCUUUUACAAGUUAAACUUUAAUUUCACGGGUUCCAUACAUUCUUAUAAAAGAUUAUUUAAUACGAUUUUAUUCUAGUCAUCUAAUUUAUUUCAUAAAAAUUUUUUACACUGUAUAAUGUCUGAAUGUGAAUUUCAGUGAUCAAAUGGAUAGAGUUUAAGGUGAAAUAAAAUAUAUAGUAGAAUUUAUUUAAAGAGGAAUUGUAUCGCGGUAAGAAAAAGAUAUAUAACUUUGUUAAAUACGAAUCUCAAAUGAUGUUUUAAUGUUUAUACCUAAUUUUUGGAUUGAUCUCAAUGUUUUCAAAAGAAGUUAAGAAAGCUUACUCUAAAAUCUAAAUAUAAUGAGAAUACAUACAUGUACCAAUCUAAAAUCUUCACCUUUAUAUUAAAAGAAACUUCUAACGUUAAGGCCUCAUUUUUUUUAGUGCAAUAUUCAGUAUUGUAAUUGUUAAUGUAAAAUAAACACCAAAUUUUCCUUACGUUUGGGCACAGUAAAUGUAUAAUGUACAGGGUGUUUACUUUUUCAUUUACAUUGUCAAUAUAUUUUAAGGUUUCUAGUUUUCCCAGCCAUGAUUCUAUACAUAACACAUUUUUAAUAUAACUUUAUACACUGUGUCCCACAUGAGGAUGUCAAUUACGAACGGUGAAAAAUACAGGAUAGCUCAAAUUAAAAAUUAAGUUACAGUAUUGGGGAACCACUGAAACGGUGUAAAUUUAAGGCCGCUGCACAGUUAACGGUAAGCUGAAAUCAAUAUGCAAUUAAGGUGAAUACUAGAAAGUCAGCAUUCGCCCACUUAAUAUCUUUCACUUGUGACUGUCAACGCUGGACGGUGUACUCCCCACUGGCCGGUAAAUAUAACAUUUUUUGGCACACCGUGUACAUUACUUCCUUAAAUACCUUGUAUGUAAAACUUUGAUAAUAACAUUUUCCAAAAAAAAGUCCGACCUGCCCGCGAUUAAAAAUACGAACCUUCAGCUUCACAGUAGGGAGCAUACAAACUGCGCUAUGGAGGCCUAUCGGUGGGUGGAACCUGUACAAGCUAUUUGAAGUUUUGGGUCUCCACAGGUGUAAACACAAAAUUUAAAAUGUUCGAAUUAAGUUUUAACAUUAUAAUAUUGUCUAGACCAGAACCGGUGUCUAACGACAAAAUAACAACCCACCGCGAUCCAAACGACCUGACAUUCAGUCGGUUUUUGAAUUUUCAACGAUGGACGAUCCCGUUGGGUUUCAUCUAACUUGCCGCUUUUAAUAAGAAUUUCUAGAGUAAAUAGGGAUAAUUUUUAUUAUCUGAUAGUAUCUUCAUCGUUGCUGUUAUUUGAAAAAAUAAUGUAAGCGUAAAAAGUACACAGUACAGUACAGUACACAGUACACAGCAUGACAGUUAUUUACGACAUAAAUAAAUAUUUUAUUUGACUCGUAUAUUUUGACAACGAUGAUCUGAUCUCUUUUAUCAACAUCAAAUUAGAUGCUCUUCCACUUAAUGGAAGCAAACAAAAAAUCAAGUCUUGGUCAGCUUUUUAUUGCUGGGGCCAGUUUUGUUCCAUUUUAUAACACAAAUACAGAGUUAACCACUAAAAUUUGUUUGGGAUGUACAAUCUGACUUAGUUAUUUUAU